AUGGCGAGCGCCCCGCAAACGUCGGACCCAGCCCUCAAAUCUGCACCACCACGCGAGUUCUUGAACAACACCGUCGUCCCGCAGUUGGCAUCCGCCCUGGUUGAAGUGAACAACAAGGGCUCCCGGCGCGUUGUCUCAGACCUAGGUGAGAUUCUAAUGAAGCAGUGA